ACGAGACGACGGUUGGUUUUUCGACCACAGCUGCAAAAGCAAGAACAACAUAAGACACAGAGAGAAAGAGAGAGCAAGAGAGCGCCUGUGCGCAUGCCAAACGUGAAAAGUGAAAGAAAACAUCUUCGUAUUGCUUCGGCUGCGCGUGCGUCUUCGUGUCAUCGAGAGAGUGUGUGAGAGAGAGAGAGAGAGAGAGAGAGUCGAGGCGACGUCGGCUUAAGCUCGACUUGGCUAACGGCCACGAAUUCAGUUGCCGUGCUGAACGCCAAGCGAACGGAACUGUGCGCAGCGCGACGCGUCUUAUAAUUUACUUUAUUGUUGCCCUGGCAAUUUCGAACGCGACUUUUCACGUCUAACGGUCUGACGCGACCUAACGGUACGCGCCUGGUGCUCGAGAAAUUGUGCGCAUUAAUUUUUUUGCCUGUUUGUUUUUUUUUUUUUUUGUUUUUGUUUUUGUCAAAUUUAUUUAUUUUUUUUUUUUUGGUUGUGUGCAAAGGAUAAACAAGUUCGGCUCGGCUGACACACUUUCCAGGCACACCUGUUGCCCAGCUGCCCGCAGCGUGAAUCGCAAAAGAUUUCUGCACAAUUUGUUGUGUUUUCUUUACAAUUGUGCUGGCGAGAAACAUUCAUAACUUUUGCGCAUUAAAAGGAAACAAGAAACGUGUAAACAAAGGCAAAGCACAAAGCGAAAUUAGUGUGAAAACAAAUUGCAAAUUCUAAGAAAAAAAAAAACCAAAAAGCCAAAAGAAAAAACAACCUAGAGGAGAAAAGUUUCCAAAAAGUAAAACAAAAAAGAACAAGAAACAGCAGCAGAAGAUCAACAACAAGUGAGCGACAAAAUGCAACGCACGCAGUCGCUGCUGCUGCCGCUGCCGUUGCUGCUGCUGGUGCUGCUGCUGGCGUCAGCGCAGACGCAGACACAGACGCAGGCGCAGGCGCAGAAUAUAGAUGGGGACUGCAGUUUUCCGGGCUCGCCGGCGCACAGCAGCGUCGUCUUCUCCAGCGCGAACCUGACGCAGGGCACCGUCGCCUCCUACAGCUGCGAGCGCGGCUUUGAGCUGCUGGGACCUGCGCGACGUGUCUGCGACAAGGGCCAAUGGGUGCCAGAGGGUAUACCCUUCUGUGUGCUAAAUGUGGCCGCUGGCAAGGCGCCGAUGCAAAUAUCAACGGAUGGGGCUGGCGCACCGCAGAAGGCCAUCGAUGGCUCCACGUCGGCCUUCUUUACGCCGGAGACGUGCUCCCUAACGAAGCCCGAACGCUCGCCCUGGUGGUACGUCAAUCUGCUGGAGCCCUAUAUGGUGCAGCUGGUGCGUCUGGACUUUGGUAAAUCCUGUUGCGGCAACAAGCCGGCGACAAUUGUGGUGCGCGUUGGCAACAAUCGUCCGGAUUUGGGCACAAAUCCAAUAUGCAAUCGUUUUACGGGCCUACUGGAGGCCGGACAGCCGCUCUUCCUGCCAUGCAAUCCGCCAAUGCCGGGCGCCUUUGUUAGCGUACAUCUGGAGAACAAUACACCGAAUCCGUUGUCCAUAUGCGAGGCAUUCGUCUAUACGGAUCAGGCGUUGCCCAUCGAACGCUGUCCCACGUUCCGGGAUCAGCCGCCGGGCGCACUGGCCUCCUACAAUGGCAAAUGCUAUAUAUUCUACAAUCGCCAGCCGUUGAAUUUUCUGGACGCGCUGUCGUUCUGCCGUUCGCGCGGCGGCACGCUGAUCAGCGAGAGCAAUCCGGCGCUGCAGGGCUUCAUCAGCUGGGAGCUGUGGCGUCGCCAUCGCAGCGAUAUCAGCUCCCAGUACUGGAUGGGAGCUGUGCGCGAUGGCAGCGAUCGCAGCAGCUGGAAGUGGGUCAAUGGCGAUGAGCUGACCGUCUCGUUCUGGAAUCAUCCCGGCGGCGAUGAGGACUGCGCCCGCUUUGACGGCUCCAAGGGCUGGCUCUGGAGCGACACCAACUGCAAUACGCUGCUCAACUUCAUAUGCCAGCAUCAGCCGAAGACCUGCGGCCGGCCCGAACAGCCGCCGAACUCCACUAUGAUUGCGCUGAAUGGUUACGAGGUUGGCGCACAGAUUAAAUACAGCUGCGAUGCGAAUCAUUUGCUUGUGGGACCUGCAACACGCACCUGCCUCGAGACCGGCUUCUACAACGAAUUUCCGCCCGUCUGCAAAUACAUUGAAUGCGGCCUGCCCGCCAGCAUAGCGCACGGCUCCUACGGGCUGCUCAAUGGCACCGUCGGCUACCUCAGCCUGGUGAAGUACGCCUGCGACGAGGGCUACGAGAUGAUCGGACGCGCUCUGCUCACCUGCGACUUUGACGAGCGCUGGAAUGGACCGCCGCCACGCUGCGAGAUUGUCGAGUGCGAUACGCUGCCGGGCAACUAUUACAAUACGAUAAUCAGUGCGCCGAAUGGCACCUACUACGGCUCCAAGGCGGAGAUCAGCUGCCCACCCGGCUACCGCAUGGAGGGGCCGCGUGUGCUCAGCUGCCUGGCUACGGGACAGUGGAGCAGCGCUUUGCCGCGCUGCAUUAAGCUGGAGCCUUCCACGCUGGCCACGCCCGCCGCACCACCGCUGCCGCCCUCUACGGCUGCGACGCCCGUGCCGCCCUCGUAUAGGCCCAAGAUCACGGCCAGCACGAGCCGCACGCCCGCCUAUCGUCCCUCCUCUUCCUCCUCCAGCAGCAGCAGCAGCAGCAGCAGUGCCACGCCCAGCACCGCAGCCAGCUAUCCGCAUCCACAUCCCAGUCACAGCACGCCGCACGUGGAAAUCAACGGCGAGGCCGACUCCGAGGAGGACAACAUCAAUGUGCCCGUGCCGGGCACGGUGCGCGAGGAGUUCCCGCCCCGGCGCACCGUCCGGCCCGUGCUCAUUCCCAAGAAGCCGAGCAGCACGCCGGCCACGAGCACCACGCAGCAUGCGCCGGCGCCAGUGUCCACCUAUGCGCCGACUCCGGCGCGCACGCGUCCCACGCUGGAGACGAGCACGCGAAACACACAGCAGAUCAUACUCAAUUCGCAUCCGCAGGAUAAUGAGAUUGCGGACAGCGUCAACAUACGACAGAAUCAAUCGCCCAAUGUCAACGUUCCGUUCGCCGUCGACAAUCCCGACCGCAAGGAGACCAAAGAGGCCAAACUCAAUCUGGGCGCCAUUGUGGCUCUUGGUGCUUUUGGUGGCUUCGUCUUCCUGGCCGCUGUUAUCACCACGAUUGUCAUCCUUGUCAGAAGCACCCCGAACAGCAAACGGCGGCACCUCGCUAAACAUUUUACCAAUUACAAUCAUCACAACCACCAUCAUCACCACCAGCAGCAGCAUCCGCGGCCGCACCACCACCAACAACACCAGCAGCUCCACUGGAAGCACCAGCAGCAGCAGCAGCAGCAGCAACAAAAGCAGCGACGCCAGCAGCAGCAGGAGAGGCUGCAGCAGGAGGCAAGGGGAGGCAGCGGAGCGCCGCCAAACCGAUUGCCCAGCUAUGCAACGGCAACGGCCAGAAGCGCCACCAGCUACGCCUCGACGGCACAGCUGACGCGCUGCAGCGGCAAGAUUGGAAGCGGCGGCGGCCUGCUCGGUGGCUAUCAUAUGCGGCUCUUUGGCGAUGGAUACGGCAGCAUCGGUUCGAGCACACGCUGCGAGCCGGCGGGCUCGCUCUGGUAUAGCGUCCUGGCGCUGCCCUUCGACGAUCAGAAGCUGGCGCGGCGCGAGCUGAGCACCUAUGGGCGUGGCUAUCGAGCGAGGGCGGGGCUGUUUAGCAGCAGCCACAUAAACCGCACCACGCAGCAUUAUCGGCAUCGCGCCUCGCCCGACUGCAACACGGUCGCCAGCUUUGACAGCUCCACUUCCGGCUCUCGCAAUGGCCUCAACAGAUAUUAUCGCCAGGCGUGGGAGAACCUGCACGAGUCCGCCUCCAAGAACAGCUCGCACAAUGCACUGCGCCGCAAGGAGACGCUCGAUCCGCCCAGCAUGACGCGCUCUCGCGACAAUUUGCGCGACAAUAUGCAACGCUCCCGCGAGAAUCUGGACAGAUGCGGCCGAGAUAAUUAUGGCAUGCGCGACAACUCGGAGAUGGUCGUGUCGGAUGUGUGCCUCAAGGGCGAGAAGAAGCGGCAUCAUCAUCAUCAUCACAAGAGCAGCUCGCGCAACGGCGAUUAUCGCGACCGGGAUCAGUCCGCCGGACGACGUGAACAUCACAGACACAGCGGCGGCGGCGGCGGAGGUGGCGGCGUCGGCCCCGGCGGACACUAUUGACCAACCAUGAUCAUCACCAUCAGCGUGGAGGAGCAAUAGGGAGGCAAACGCACAACGAAAAAGAUGAAGAAGAAAAAAACAACAGCAACAACAAAAUUCAUAUUAAUUUUAAUUUUAAAUUUACAAUUUUUUUUUUGUGUUUCAACUUGAGCUUGAUUAUUUUUUUUUUGUUGAAUUUCGAGCUGCGACCUAGUUGUAGGUGCACACUUUCUGUUUAUAGCAAAAAAGAAGAAGAACAAGAAGAAGAAAAAUUAAGAGAAAGAAGAAGCAGAAAGGACAGCUAAAGAAGAAGAGCAGGCAUAUUAGAGCUUAAGAAAAUCUGAAAACUGUAAAAGUCGAGAUAUUUUAUAUAUAUAUAGAUAAUCGUGACUAGUUUUCAAUUGUCUACCCCCCCCCCUUCCCCAUUCCCCCCUCUCGUAUAAGCUUGCUGCAAAGUUUUUAGUUGAAAUUUGUUUAUGAAUUAGUUAAUAAAAAGCGAAAUAUGUGUGAGGCGCGAGGCGAGGCGAGGCGAGGCGUGGCGUGGUUUAUAUAACUUAGAAAUUAGUUGAAAAAAAAAAAAAAA